AUGAUGCUGCUUCUUCAGAGGUGGACAAGCGGAACAAGGACGUCGAACGGAAAAAACAUAGGCGGCAUCGCAACGGAUUUGGCGGCGCUGGGGACCUAUCAAAUGCAAAUAUCCCUGGAUGUCUGGAAGAGUGUAGACUUGUCAUGCAGCCUUUCCAUGUUGACCCCUGAGGUCUGGAAUUAUGCGGGACCUAGCAUGACAGAGUCUACUGUGAGGUCUCUGUCAUGCCUAUUUUACAUGGGAAACUCCCUGUCACCUUGGCCAAAAGUAGAAGAGCCUUCGGCACUCAUGCAACACAGAUUCUUGCGUGAUGCGGAUUUAGCAUGACAACUUGCAUCCUUCCAGCCCCAGACCUAUUUGCAAUGCAUAGGACCAGAUGGGCGGGCUGUUCAACGCCUUCGCCAGCGCCCUGGUCCUGUAUUACCGUGAAAAAUGCCCCCACUCCCAAGGUUGCAAAAAUUUGUGAUGUGAAGUUUCCAAAUGAAAACUUUUUGUCAUGCAUGCGCAUGCAUGAAAGGAGUACGAAUCUUUCUGAUGCAGAGUCAGACGUGUGUCGCAUCGCUUGCAACUGCACAGCUUGCAUGACAAGGGCCGCUCUUGCUGGGAUCUUUUGCAGUACAGAUUUUUGCUAUUUAAGAUUGGAAUUCUGUGAUGCUGAUAGAUGCAAGAGGGCGAAUGUUUCACUUGGAAAGGUCUGCAAUACAAAUGCUCCCAAGUUGGUUCGGGGGUGGGGGCAUUUUUCAUUGUAAUAUCCUGAAAGCGCUGUUCUUCGUGGUUCCGGCCCCAGGCGGAGGGGACGAAGACACCAGCGUCCUGGCGAAAGUAUCAAAUGUAAAAAUGUCUGGGUCUGGAAGAUUCUAAACUUGUAAUGCUGUCUCUGGAUUCUAGAAAAAUUUGUAUUGCAUGACCAGCAAAAUAAGGACUCCAGUGUGUGCUACGUGGAGAGAGCAUUAUUUCUCAUGUGCUAGAGGCAUCACAAAGUCCUCUAACAAUCUGUGAUGCUACGGCAUGCAUCACAGACAUCAUGGGUCAUUCAAAAUAUGCAUGACAAACCUGGCAAACUUCCAGCCCCAGACAUUUUUGCAUUCGAUAGAAAGCGCUCCAAGACCACCAGCACAUGGUUUCACCCACGAACGUAUCAAAUGUAAAAAUGUCUGGGUCUGGAAGAGUCAUGCUGUUUUUGCAUGACACAGAAGGUCUGGCAUGGAAGCUCUAGCAUCACAGGUUUUGAGAACCUUCCGCAAUGCCGAAUCCGCAUGACAAGUCCCCUAUUUUGGUGGCAAAAAGUGGGAGCUUUUGCUACGUAUGCAUGAGAGACUUUUCUGUGUUCUGAAAUACGCAUUACAAGUUGCAUUCUUCCAAACCCAGACAUUUUUACAUUUGAUAGAACGAAAACGGCAAGAAUAAUAUUGGCUUCUUGCUUCCGAGUAUCGUACGAAAAAAGUGUUUCACUGUGAUGACUUUGCAAGAUCUGCAUCACAAGUUUGCUACACAUGACUGAAAAUUUGUGAUGCGCGCUUCCCAAGGGAAAACACGCUUGCAAAUCCAAUGCCUUGCUGGUGUAGCAAGCCAGAGAGUUCUGUGUUCCAUUUUCUGCAUCACAAGUUCACAGUGAAACAGUUUUUUCUCACGAUACCGAGCACCGAGAAGCUCCGAGAGGUCGCGCAGCAGCUGAAAUCGAAGCAACAAGUAUCGACCUCCACGCGAAGGAGGAGUCUACAACCACUUUCGUAUGCACUGCAAAUAUGUCUGGGUCUGGAAAGUUGGAACUUGUAAUGCUAGCUUUACAUUCCUGGGAUGAAAUCUGUAUUGCAUAACCGACAAAUAAAGCCGCACCCAUUUUUGUCAUGCAAAAACGCAGUUUCUCGUGUGGGCUGCCUAUGAGAAAGUGCUCCGGAUGAAAGUUGUCAUGCUGGUCUGCAUUCGGAAGUGUUUCCAUCAUGCACAUUUUAGCAUCACAAGUUUCCAGACCCAGCUAUAUUUGCAAUCCAUAUUUCUGGGGCCACUACAACAAAUCCAGUUCCUAAGGUCGUCGAGAAAGUUACCGUGAGGAAAAAUCCCUCCUCCCAAUAGUGAAAACGUAUGUUCCUAAAAAUUUGUGAUGCUGAUUUGUGAGCACAAAUCCUGUCUCUCUUGCAAGAAGGCAAGUCCAAAGAAUUCGCCGCCUUAUGGAUGCGAUUUGUAAUGCUGUUUCACUUACAUGGAGAGCCUCCGUCAUGCUAAGUGCCUACAACAAAACACCCCUAAGUGCCUACAUUUUUAAGCGCGUCGUUGUUGCUUCUUCAGAGGUGGACAAGCGGAACAAGGACGUCGAAAGGAAAAGAGGUGGAUAGUACUGGUUUCAGAAUGUGAAUGUAGUUUCUAGUUUGAUGUGGCGCUACAACCUAAUAGAAGUUCUACAAGAAAUAGAAACACCUACGACGCCGCGUUAUUCAUCUUAUGUGAUGUGCCUGCACCCACUACACUCGCGUAGUGUAGCCUUACCUGCUUCGGUUGUAAUGCUUGACCUUCUUGAUUCAACAAAAUUUUGUAUCUCAUACCCUCCUUCGAUAUUUUCGGAAAAAGUACCAAAGCGGGCCAUUACAAGUACUUUCGGGUCUUCAAGAUUCCGAGCAACGGCUAUCCACAUUACUUAAAUUUCCCGUACGCCUUCGGAGAAAGAAAUGCUGUUUCUGCGUGAUGACAAUCCUAUUCAGCAUGGCAAGUGGUGGCACACAGCCCUAAGGUGGGAAGUUUGUCAUGCAUUUUUGUCAACGUCGACCUCGAUGCGUACGGGAAAUUUGUAUUGCAUAACAGCAAGCCCUUGCGAAUGGCGGGCCGGAAUAACGACGAAUUUCUCGGGAGGUGCCAGUACUGGUUUGGCCGGGACAGCGUAGAGCCAGCAGCUCCUGUGAAAGGAGGCGGCGCCGAUGCCAAUGUGCCGGGUACAGGAGGAACAAACGCGGUGAAAGAAGACGGUGGAAACGCGGAGGAUUUGGAAGCUUGUCAGCUCUUCCAUUUGCGACUCGGUGAACCACACAUUGCACCGACCAAUCUGGUGCGAAACUACUUCAGCGGGUUUUUUCUAUGAUGUUGAUGAGAAAAUUGAAAAAGAUAAAGAUGCUGAGCAGAUAGUGAUAGUGAGCUGCAGGCAAACAACCGAGCGUCAGAAUCUCUUUUAGUUUCAGCAAUAAGCUGCUCCACGUCGUGGUCGUGAGAAAACCUACGAGGUAGGACGAGUCGCUACUGUUGAAAAUGGCUUGUUGACACCUACUUCAUCACAGGCGCCUGCUGAACAAGUAUGCU